GCAUUACCUUCAAAUUUGGUGUUCCAAUAUCUACUGAGACAUGGAUUGGGCCCACUUUUUACCUCUAGCACUGCCAAGGGCUUAGCGAACACAAUCGAUUUUCGAGUGGCAGUCGCGACUCUUCGAACUUCACGCCGCAUUUCAAUUCCACCGACUAACCAACAGCCGAUCUCCGUCAAAAUGUCCUCCACCAAGAAGGCCUCCGGCAAGACCCAGCGCAGCGCCAUCGCUGACGUCGUCGCUCGCGAAUACACCAUCCACCUCCACAAGCGCGUCCACGGCGUUUCCUUCAAGAAGAGGGCUCCCCGCGCCAUCAAGGAGAUCCGUGCUUUCGCUGAGAAGGCCAUGGGCACCUCUGACGUCCGCCUCGACCCCCAGUUGAACAAGAAGGUUUGGGAGGCCGGCAUCAAGGGCGUUCCUUACCGCCUCCGUGUCCGCAUCUCGCGUAAGCGUAACGAUGAGGACGGCGCCAAGGAGAAGCUCUACUCCUACGUCCAGGCUGUCAACGUCAAGAACCCCAAGGGUCUCCACACCCAGGUCGUUGAGGACAACUAGAUGCGAGUACAUCUUGGGAGGACUAAAGGACUAUGAUGCAUACCAAAAGCAUGGCGUUCCGGCGGGUUGCUGAAUAGCUGCUAUAUUAGACAGCGAAAGGCUUGUGAAAUGAUACCAAAAUGACAUUCAUGCCCGCCAUGUUACAUACUUACCUGUCUGACCAAUCGUCAUAUUGUGACAAACAAGCCCUAAAUACAAUUUGAACCGACACUCCAUCCACCCAUUCAGUGCCUGUAACGCUCACACUCGUGACAUGCCUCGGUCUCUCGGACUGUCUUGU